ACUGUCCUUUUCCCCGUCGCCUUACGCCAAGGGUAGGGGGUGUGCAUAGGCAGAAACUAACCUAUGCUUAAAACUUUCUUUAGUGAAAGUUCAUACUUACACUUUUGUGUGUUUUAUUUCUCCAUUCACUCGCUUAUUUAAAGCGCGUGGAUUUUUUUCACCUGCUCUUUUUUUUUAAUAUAAAAAGCAACGUAACUGUUUAAGAUGAUUGACACAGUAACAGGCCCUGUGGCACAGCCCUUUGCAGCCCAGCUGAAGGCCCUGAUUGAUCUGGAGGGCCGAUACCAACCAAAGCUGAGUGGCUUGAGGUUCAUUGAAAGCGCCCAGGACAAUGGCCUCAGGAUGACUUCUCGACUCAGGGAGCUGGAGGUGAAGGACCUGCUUUCGCUGACCAGGUUCUUUGGUUUCAGUUCAGAGAGCUUCUCGUUGGCUGUCAGUUUGCUGGACCGAUUUCUGUCUGUCAUGAAGAUUCAGCCAAAGCACCUUUCUUGUGUCGGCCUGUGCUGCUUUUACAUCGCUGUGAAGUCCACAGAAGAAGAGAAGAACGUGCCUCUGGCCAAUGACCUGAUUCGCAUCAGUCAGAAUCGCUUUACAGUGUCUGACAUGAUGAGGAUGGAGAAGAUCAUCAUGGAGAAGCUCUACUGGAAGGUGAAGGCCCCCACGGCCCUGCGCUUUCUCCGCGUCUUUCACAGCCACGUCCUGGAGCAGCUCGACGCUGAGAGCAUGAAGCUCCUGAGCCUUGAGAGACUGGAGGCGCAGCUGAAAGCCUGUCACUGCUCAUUUGUCUUCUCCAAAAUAAAGCCAUCUCUGCUUGCCCUGGCUCUCCUGUGUUUUGAGGCCCAUGAUGAACAUGACCCAGAGCACCUUGACAAAAUAUCUGAGGCCUUGAGCAAUCUGCAGCAGCAGCUAAAUAUCAAAGACGGGGAUCUGGUUUGCAUGCGGGAGCUAGUUGGAAAAUGCUUGGCUGAGUACGCCACCACUAAGUGCUGCAGGCCAAACGUCCAGAGACUUCGCUGGACUAUUUCGGGAAGAACUGCACGUCAGCUGAAGCACAGCUACUACAAGAUCACUCACCUUCCCACCAUACCUGAGUCAGCUUGUUAAAACCUGGGCGUCCAAGUGGGUGACUUUACAUGGAAAGAAAAAUUACAGCAUUACCACUGUUACAUCUUUGUCCUCUGACUGGAUGUAACAUGCAGUAUGGUCACCCACUUACAGCUCCAGCUUUAUUUUCCUUAGAGACCUUCAUCUGUGAUGAUGGAUGUCUUUAAGGAAAUGCUUUCUUAUCCCUUAAGUUUGUAAUCAUAUGUUGAUCAGACACACAUUUUUCUAUCCCUAUGACAAGGAGUAAUUCUUCCUCAGAAAGGUUGAAGUUUUACUUUCUUGGUUGAGCCGUUUGCACAGGUGUCUAGUAUGUUCUUGUUUAAAUCCGUACCACGGUGUUUGGUGUUUCCCUGGAACGGGUUGCUGGUUUUAAGCUAAUAAGUAUAGAACCACCUAGGUCCUCAGUCCACCAUGUGGAAGAGGAGGGAGAGGGAUUUUGUGAACAGCAAAAAAUGGAACCAAAAGAUCGGGCCCAAAGUCCUUCACUCCCACCCUAGGUUGCUAAGCUGUCCUGAAUGCACACUCCUACCCAAGGUGAUGAUUUUUUUUUUUGUUAAAGAAAACAUUUUAUUUUGAUGUGGCGAGGGAGCUCUGGUUUGUACCAGGGAAAUUAAGCUAGUGAUGAUCCUGUUAUCUACAGCUCAUCAGUGUUUGAGAUGCAACGUUACCAACGGUUACAGAUGAGUUGUUUUCACCAACUCUUAAUUUGUGGACACCGUGUGAAGCACCACAAAUAUACUGAGUUAAGUUGUUAGUUUUUUAGAGAGCACCCAGAAAACCCCAAAAAAGGUCAUUGCAGUGGAAAUUCAGGUUGAAAUUUAUAUCGCAUUUUCUGUGCCAGUUUCCCUGUUUAGUUUGAUUUUAGUGACAAAACAAAAUGUGGUCUCAAAUUCAAAAUGACUGAAUACGCCAUCUGAUUAACCUAUGUAUUUGUACCUUUCAAUAAAACUUUAUUGAAAAGCUA